CUGCGCCUGUUGACGACGCGCUCGCGGGUAAUCUCAAAUUUUCGCGAAGUCGAAACAACAGAACAUCUCAGCGAAACACCAUCCGACAGAGGAAACCCUGGGACCCGAUGCGCUGAAUGUCCCGCCAUGUUCAAUUGAUCGCAUAGGUUGUCACGACCACACUUCUGCUCCUUCUCUACACAAUUGAGCUUGCAUUGCACUGUCGCUCCUUCCUGUUCCGCCACAAUGUCUGAAGGGCGAUAUUCUUUGCGCCAGACUCCCAAGAAAACGGAGCAUCUUGGCUUCGUGGAGACUCCUCGCAUUCGACGACCCUCCAGCCGCCGCAAGUCCCAAUUCCCCGAUGACGGAGACGACUCUUCCUCUGCCACAGAUACAUCCACGAUCAAAGUCGCGUCAAGUCGAACUCCAAGUCGAACAGUCAGCAUGAUUGAAAAGGCAAUAACGAAUGGGCACGCAACCAAUGGCUCUGCCAUCAAUGGACACGUCAAUGGGGCUGCCAAUGGCUCCACAAAUAUGCAACAAACCAUGACACCCAAAAUUGUUGAUGGAUGGGCCCCUGGAUUGGAUCCCAAGGUUGACUAUUCCGGACACUUUGAUUUUGGAGGCUCUUGGGGUGUCACAGCCAUGAUGAUUGGAUUUCCGCUGCUCAUGUAUUACAUGUGGAUUGGAGCCACGUUCUACGAUGGCAAGUUUCCCACGCGGCAACCCGGGCAAACAUUUCAAGAGUUCUUUCUCUCUAUGGGAAAUUUGGUCUACGAACAUGCCUUCCCCUCGCUCUUUGCAUGGAAAAUAUACUGGUCCUUCUUCUCCUUUGAGGCGGCAUGUUAUUGCCUCUUGCCGGGAGUUUGGGUAUAUGGCAAGCCCUUGCCAUUCGAGGGAGGAAAGCAGUUGAAAUACUACUGCUCAGCUGUCUGGUCUUUCUACACGACCAUCAUCGUCGUGGCGGGGCUACAUUAUACAGGCGUCUUUCCUCUGUACACCAUCAUCGAUGAAUUUGGGCCCAUCAUGUCUGUGGCUAUCAUCUCCGGAUACCUCGUCUCAAUCGUGGCAUACUUCUCGGCUCUUACUCGUGGAGCCCAACAUCGCAUGACUGGUUCUCCUCUCUACGAUUUUUUCAUGGGUGCUGAACUCAACCCGCGCAUGUUUGGAAUUCUGGAUUUCAAGAUGUUCUUCGAAGUCAGACUGCCUUGGUAUAUCCUUUUUGGCCUCUCCUGCGCCACUGCUGCUAGACAGUACGAGCAGGUUGGAUACGUCAGUGCUGAAGUUGCAUUCUUGGUUAUGGCACACUUCUUGUAUGCGAAUGCAUGCUCAAAAGGAGAAGAGUGUAUCGUUGCAAGCUGGGAUGUGUACUUCGAGAAAUGGGGCUUCAUGCUCAUCUUCUGGAAUCUCGCUGGCGUUCCCCUCAGCUACUGCCACUGCACCCUCUACCUCGCCAACCACCUCGAUGACAUUCAUUCGUACCCCUUCCGAACACCCCUUCUCGUCCUCCUCUUCACCAGCUAUCUCUUCAUGUAUUGGAUCUGGGACACCACCAACUCGCAAAAGAACCGUUUCCGCGCGCAAGAACGCGGCACCCUCGUUGAGCGCAAGACCUUCCCCCAACUCCCCUGGCAAAUCGUCAAGAACCCCCGCGUUAUCAAGACUAAGAGUGGAGACUCGAUCCUAGCUGAUGGAUGGUACGGCAAAGCAAGGAAGAUACAUUAUACAUGUGACUUCUACUUUGCGUUGACUUGGGGACUGAUCACUGGGUUCAAUUCACCGUUCCCGUGGUUUUACCCGGUGUUCUUUGGGUGUAUGAUUGUGCAUCGUGCGUAUAGGGAUAUUCAGCGGUGUAAGAUUAAGUAUGGGGAGAGCUGGACGGAGUAUGAGAAAUUGGUUCCGUAUCUGUUCAUUCCUGUGAGUCCUACUGUCUCCUUCCGAUCCAGGCUAAGACGUCCACAGUAUGUCCUUUAAGACCUCGAAGAUUGUAGAGAUUUCAGGAUGCCAUGUUGGGGCAGUCUCGAGCGUGCUUGUGUUCUAGCCGACGAGU